AAGCCCGAAUAUUGCGGCAGUAGGAAGUAGCAGUUCGGCCGCUUGCAAGAAAGUUGCGCCUUUUGCAUUUUAUUCUGCUUUCCUUCCCGGCUUUCGUUUUAUUCCGGUUUUUUUUCCCCCUUUGGUGCGACGACAAACGACGGGCAUGGUGCGGACCAAGGCGAACUGCGGAGGCACCUCCGGUGCCUAUCGGAAAGUGGUAGCUGCUAGGGCUCCUCGGAAGGCGCUGGGCUCUGGCCAGGCGAAUGUUAGUUCGUCUCCUACCUCAAGGAAAGCAGAGAGUAAGUACGCAGGAGGUAACCCGGUAUGUGUGAGGCCAACUCCACCCUGGCAAAAAGGCAUUGGAGAAUUCUUCGGGCAAACUCCAAAUCGUCGGGAAAAAGAGAACCACAACUCGGAGGAGGAGCCCGGGUGCAGCGAAAUAGGAAAACGCAGAAAGAAAUCACGUCCAUUGCCUCCUUGCGCUGCAGAACAGGACGAAUGUGAAGAUGAUUAAAUGUGAGCUAAUCCUGGAUCUGCAAGCAGAUCUUGUGCUCCCAGAGCAUUGUGUAUAGGCUGUAUAUAUAUUGCAUAUAUUCCGUUUGAAUUUGAGUCUUUAUAAGCAUCUGGCAUGCUAUUCUGUUGACUAAAAUAACUUAAAAGUUGGCAGACUAAAAAAAAAAAAAAGGCAGGUCAUUGACACAAUGCUCUUAACGCUAAACUGUUUUAAUGAUUCUUAACUACUAACUACAUGCUUUGUAUUAAAUUCGUUUUGCCUUUUUAAGCACUUAUUAAAGUUCUGUGCCAUAUCAGUGUUAAAUAACAUUAUGCUUCUGUAAAAAAAUCUACUUGUUGCUAUGCUGAAAUAUGGGGGG